AUGCUGCAAAUAUAUUUCAAUCCUGCUCUCCCCCAUUUAGAUGCCUGUGAUCUCACACUGGACCCAAACACAGCACACAGAACCCUCUCUCUGUCUGAGGAGAACAGGAAGGUGGAAUGGACCUGGAAGGAGCAGCCGUAUUCAGAUCACCCAGAGAGAUUUGAGGACUAUGAACAGGUGCUGUGUAGAGAGGGUCUGACUGGGUGCUGUUACUGGGAGGUAGAGUUGAGUGGGAGGGCUUGUAUAGCAGUAACAUAUAAAGGAAUCAGCAGGAGAGGAAAAGGUCCUGACAGUCGGCUUGGAGCCAAUGACAAGUCCUGGAAUCUGAACAGAUUUUCUGACAGUUACUCUGCCAGGCACAAUUAUAAGAGAACUGACAUACCUGUCCCCUCGUCCCGCUCCAACAGAGUAGGAGUGUAUCUGGACUGGCCGGCCGGCACUCUGUCCUUCUACAGCGUCUCCUCUGACACACUGACCCACUUGCACACAUUCCACUCUACAUUCACUGAGCCCGUCUACCCAGGGUUUUAUGUAAGGGGUGACACAGGGACUGUGACCCUGUGUCAGGUAGAAUAACCUCCUGUAUUCUGGAGGAACACCUGAGUCUUCAGAGAAGUCAUACUCCUGUUCAAUCACAUCUGGGUGACCUGAUGGGAUAUGUUUCACUCUGAUCAUGACAUGAAUGAGUAAGUAAACAUGAAUAUACCGUACAUCUCUAAAGUUGACUGACCU